CAGAAGCCAAACCAAGAAAAAGAAGAAGAAGAAGAAGCGCGCGGACGCGUCUGUUCUGCCAGAGAAAAGAAGCAGAACAAAGUCCGUCAUGUAGUCACUAACAGACGUUGUUUCCGUGGCGGUCUGAACACAUCUCUGGUUCUGUAUGGCGUUUCCAGUCCAGUUCCUCCUCCGGGGUCUUCGUACCGUCGGACUGGUUCUCCUCUACUACGUCUUCUCCAUAGGAAUCACCUUCUACAACAAAUGGCUGAUGAAGGGCUUCCACUACCCCCUGUUCAUGACGCUGGUUCACCUGGCCGUCAUCUUCUGUGCGGCGGCGCUGACGCGGCGGGCCAUGCAUCGCUGGACGGGGAAACCCCGCGUGACUCUGGCCUGGAAAGACUACCUCCGUAAGGUGGCUCCUACAGCCUUAGCUACAGCGCUGGACAUCGGCCUCUCCAACUGGAGCUUCCUCUUCAUCACCAUCAGUCUGUACACCAUGACCAAGUCCUCAGCCGUGCUCUUCAUCCUCUUCUUCUCCCUGGUCUUCAAACUGGAGGAACCGAACCCCUUCCUGAUCCUGGUGGUUCUGCUCAUCGCUUGCGGCCUCUUCAUGUUUACCUACGAAUCGACCCAGUUCAACAUGGAGGGCUUCAUCUUGGUGCUGAUGGCCUCCUUCAUCGGGGGGAUCCGCUGGACCCUCACCCAGGUCCUCAUGCAGAAAGCAGAACUGGGCCUUCAGAAUCCCAUCGAUGCCAUGUACCACCUCCAGCCGCUCAUGUUCCUCUGCCUCUUCCCCCUUUUCCUGUUUAAUGAAGCGCUGAGUCUGAGUUCUUCAGAGAAGCUGUUCCGGGUGACGGAGCUCUCCCCUCUGCUCUAUUCCCUCCUGACGCUGAGUGUCGGCGGCACCCUGGCCUUCGGGUUGGGUUUCUCUGAGUUUCUGCUGGUCUCCAGAACCUCCAGCCUCACGUUGUCCAUAUCGGGCAUCUUUAAGGAGGUGUGUACGCUGUUGUUGGCCGCGGCUGUGAUGGGAGACAGGAUGAGCGUGCUGAACUGGCUGGGAUUCGUCGUGUGUCUCUGUGGGAUUUCUCUACACGUGGGACUCAAAACCUACUAUUCCAGAAAUAAGCCUCCCGCCAUUCGACAUCUCGGCAGUAAAAGCUCCGAGCUGCAGCUGCCUUUGCUUCACAGCGGGGAGGCGUGUGAGGAUUCUGCUGAGGAUGAAGAGGAGGAGCAGGAGAUCUCCCUCCAUUGACAGGAAGCUCCUGCAGCUUCAUCAGAGGAGCUGCGUUCGACAAACCUCCGAGUUUUUAGAUGGGUGUCACUAAACAUUUUGGAGUCAAACUGAUAAUUAUUAAACUAGAGGAUCAAGAACUUUUAUGAUAGAAACAGAAGCAGAGCUUCUUCUCCAAAGCAACACUGAGCCAACAUGGCGGAGGAUCGUCUCCGCUAUUCAGCCGCCAUGUUGGAAAUCCUUCAUAUUAGUAGGAAGGAUGCUGCUGCUGCUGGACAAAGUGGACAUUUUAACAUCUAAUUAUUUAUUUUACCAAAGCAAUGUUAUUUUUCCCCAAGGGAAAGAGGCCAAUUAUGUGUAAAAUAAACCACAGAUCUCAUAAUUCUCCAUUAAAUUAUGGAAAACAUUCAAUCUUUUUAUUAAUUAGCCGUUUAGUUUGUUCUAUCUGACGGUGAGCUGAGACCAUGAGGUGGGAUGGAUGCGGUCGCUCUCAUCCCAGCAGGAAAGGAAGGAGGAGAUCCCUGAAUGUUAGCAGGCUGGAAGCAGACGCUCUGCGCUUUCUUACCAGCAGGUGUCUCACUUUCUCCUAGAUCUGCUCAUUUAUUGGUGGUUUUAAUGUUUACCUGAACCAUGUGCCUUAAUAAAGAGCUGUCAUGAUGGGA